AUGAUACUCAGGGCACGGUCAUUGCCCGUGGUGCGUCGGCAUAUUGGGUCACUCCGUCAGGUCAGCAAGUUCCGUGGUCUGGCAACGGUUUCAAACGGCACGGAGGCCUAUGAUGUCGUCGUAAUCGGAGGUGGCCAUGCCGGAUCAGAAGCAUGUGCUGCUGCUGCCCGAUCCGGGGCUCGCACCGCGUUGGUGACGCCCUCGCUAUCGAACAUCGGCGUUUGUUCGUGCAAUCCCAGUUUAGGUGGAAUUGGCAAGGGAACUAUGAUUCGGGAAAUUGAUGCGAUGGAUGGCGUUGCUGGGCGCAUUAUUGAUAAGGCGGGAAUUAUGUUUCGAGUCCUGAAUCGCUCAAAGGGGCCAGCUGUGUGGGGACCGCGUGCGCAGAUCGAUCGCGAUCUGUACAGGAAGUAUAUGACGGAAGAGUUGGUCAGUACUCAGGGUCUCAAUAUUGUGGAGGGCAAGGUCGCCGAUAUUGUGGUCUCGAAGCAAGGCGUGGAGAACACUGCCGGUGCCCAGGGCAAGAUUGUUGGUGUACGCUUGGAGUCCGGAGAGAUUAUUCCUACUGGCCGGGUGGUUAUCACGACAGGGACGUUCUUGGGAGGUGAGAUUCACAUCGGACUGGAAAGCUAUCCUUCGGGGCGAAUGGGAGAGGCGCCAACUUAUGGACUUAGCAAGUCCCUCCGUGAAGCUGGCUUCCAGUUGGGCCGGUUGAAGACCGGAACACCGCCGCGGUUGGACAUGAAGUCAAUCGACUUCUCGGGUCUGGAGAUUCAGCAUGGUGAUUCGCCACCCAUGCCCUUCUCCUACCUCAAUUCUACUGUUGAGGUUGGUGACGAAGGCCAGCUCAAUUGCUGGUUGACGCACACCAAUGAGGCAUCUCACGAGAUCAUCCGGGCCAACUUGGAGAAUUCUAUACAUAUUCGAGAAACCGUCCGUGGACCACGAUACUGCCCAUCCUUGGAGUCUAAAAUUAUACGCUUCACGGACAAGAAGCAGCAUCAGAUAUGGCUCGAGCCUGAAGGCUUCGCGCCUAAUGAGGUGGUCUAUCCAAACGGCAUUUCUAUGACUGUCCCCGCGGAUGCGCAGUACGCCAUGUUGCGGACUGUCCGUGGUCUGGAGAAUGUCAAAAUGCUCCAACCAGGCUACGGAGUGGAGUACGAUUAUAUUGACCCUCGCAACCUGCGGCCGACGCUGGAGACCAAGUUGAUCAGUGGUCUUUACCUGGCUGGCCAGAUCAACGGCACCACGGGCUACGAAGAGGCAGCUGGUCAGGGCAUCAUCGCUGGUAUUAAUGCUGGUCUGGCCUCGCAGAACCGGUUACCGAUGACGCUCACGCGCUCGGACGGAUUCAUCGGCAUCAUGAUUGACGAUCUUAUCACCAAGGGAGUGUCAGAGCCGUACCGGAUGUUCACGACGCGGAGCGAAUACCGCAUUUCUACUCGCUCUGACAACGCUGAUCUACGUCUUACUCGUAUGGCUCGUGAAGCCGGUGUCGUUGGCAACAAGCGCUGGCAACAUUUCAGUGACACCGAGGGCCAGAUUCAGGAACUCCAGGCCCUACUGGAAAACACGAGGCUCUCUUCGACCGCCUGGUCUCGCAAGGGCUUCAAGGUUCGUGCGGACACCUCAAUUCGCUCGGCGCUCGACAUCCUUUGUCUCGACGGAGCUGACAUUGACUCUCUCAUCCCACACAUCGAUGCUGCUCAUGGUACUGCAUACAACUCGGCAUCAUUCGCACCCGAGAUCCGCACCCGCGUCGCUAUCGAGGGCCGCUACGCCCCGUACCUCAAGCGACAGGAGAAGAUGGCCCAGCGGUUCCAGCAAGAUGAGAACUUGCUCCUCCCUGCAGACCUGGACUACAGCAAGAUCUUCGGCAUUAGCAAUGAGGAGAAGCAAGCACUCGAACGAGUGCGUCCUUCAAGUGUUGGCAUGGCCAGACGUAUUGAAGGUGUCACUCCUGCCGGUGCCCUUCGCCUGCUGAUGCAUGUACGAAGGGGCAGCGGGUUCACUAAGGAGAUUCCUGAGGAUCCUGCUGUUGCGGAGGUUUUGGGGUCGUCGCCAUAG